AUGUCCCCUCUUGCUUCGGCUCUUCGCCCACUCGCACUGUACAAGCCCGUCCUUCUCUCUUACAAACCGCGCUUUCAUCGCGCCAUGUCAUCUGCCACGUCACCAGCCGCCGCUGCCACGUGUCUCGCUUCCCACAAAAAGAUCGUUGUCUGCACCGACCUCGGGCCCGCGUUGUCGCUACUCGCGGGCGUGGAAACGGUAGUAUGGCCACAUGCUGCGACACAGGAGUGCCCUCGCGAGUGGCUGCUGCAGAAUGUCGUGGGGGCCAGCGGCCUGGUGGUGUGUUUCAAGGACAUGGUCGACAAGGAGGUCGUGGAUGCUGCUGGUCCUGAGUUGGAAGCAGUGACGACAAUUUCAGUGGGAUAUGAACACAUCGAUUUACCGCUUCUGGCGGCGCGUAACAUUCAGCUGGGAUACACGCCAGAUGUUCUCACCGAUGCAGUGGCCGAUUCCACGGUGAUGCUGGCACUCAUGGCCUCUCGGCGCACAAAUCUUACCUCUGCACUGGUUACAACCAACCAGUGGCCCUCCUUCCAGUGGACGCCCUUCGCAUUCACCUCCCCCCAGCUGAGUCGAGUUCCCUUCGGCCACAGUCCCACAGUCGGCUUUCUCGGGUUCGGCCGCAUCGCCCAGGCUGUCCUGCGCCGCCUCUCUCUUGGGUUUGGCGUCGCCGAUGCCAUCUACGCCUCGCGACCCGGCUCUCCCCCGCGCGAAGCCCGGGAUAGUGCCAUCCUUCAAUCUCUCGCUCCAAACCUGGUCCGACUGCGGCCGGUCCCGCUCCCGGAGCUCGCCCGUGACUCCGACUUUCUGUUCAUCCUUGCGCCUGGCGGGCCAGAGACGCAUCACAUCGUCGACACCGCUUUCUUCGCGCGCAUGAAGAGAACGGCGGUGCUCGUCAACAACGGCCGCGGGAGCGUGGUGUCGUCACACGCGUUGGCAGCGGCGCUGAGGGAGGACAGACUGUGGGGGGCGGGGCUGGACGUGGUGGAUGAGGAGCCCCAUGUCGGGCCGGAUCAUCCGCUGCUGCUGCCCGGUGUACGGGAGAAGUGUGUGGUUGUCCCGCAUUUGGGCAGCGCAACGGUGGAGACGCGCGCGGAGAUGGCAAGGAUGACGGCACGAAACGUGUUGCUGGGGGUCGAAGGGCAACGGAUGGAAACAGCGGUGGAUUUGAGCGGGUUUAGGUUGUUAGAGGCGAAAUAA